AUGUCGGACCAGCCCUCGAAGAAGCGGCCGUUUACGUCUGGUACACAGGCUCAACAGCGUAAACGCGCAAAAACAUUCGAUGCGCGGCAUAUCGCUACAGAGUCCUCCUCGCUGGCAUUGAAGGAUGGUGUCCUGGACGUGCACACCUUCGUGAAUAGCAGGAAAUAUGAGAUUGACGCAUUGAAGAAUGCGAUGAAGCGGAGUCGGACUGCGGGUGCGCAGAGGGCGUUUCAGAGCUUGCCACGGAGUAUGAGGAGGAGGGCUGCGUCUCAUGACGUGAAGAAGAUCCCGAAGAGGCUGUGGGAGCGGGCAAAGCGCGAGAUGACAGAAGACAAUACUCAGGACACUAAGGGAAGGAAUGGAGGGAAGGGUCCGAAGGGGAAGAAACGUCUGCGGUCGCUCAUUGCGAAGCGACUAUACAAUAUUGGAAAGAAGCUCGCCAAUGCAUCGCAGCCGGAUGAGGAUUAUGACGAGAAGGUUCAGGUUCCUGAGUUGAAGACUGUCAAGGUCCGUGUUGGAACCAAGUACCACAAACGCCAGGUCGCGAAGACGUGGUUACCGACGCACAUGUACACCUCGAAGCGAGCGCACAUGACUCAAUUGUACGAGUACUCCAUUCCAGUCAAGCCAACGGAGAAAUCGUAUCGACCUACGCAUAGGGCAAGCUUGCAGAAAGGGUGCAUUGUCUUCGAUCAGUCCUUUUAUGCAACCUUCUUCUUGCACGGUGAGGAGGGAAGCUUGAAGAAGGUGCUUACAGGGGUCUGCGAGCCGGGCACGGGAGUGGAUAAGAACCGGUAUGCUGUUGGAGGCAAGGUAUGGGAAGGAUGGGUAUAUCACGCGCAUUCAUACCCCAAGCGACCCAUUGGACCCGCGACUAUCUUGUGGCGUCCGUCGGAUGACAACGCGAAGAGAUCCUUGAUGAUCCGCAUACACCCGGCCGCGUUCCGCGAGCUUUGGGAUGUGGUGGCGGAGCUCGUAAGGCAAACCACGGAUGUUAGGAUGGAGGAUGCGCGAUUUGCCAUGGGUUCUUUGGACAUCGUGGGACCGGGUGGUACGGAGGCCUUGCAGGCCGUUCUGCAGCUGACCUCAGGUUCGAACACCUCGGAUGCCGCGAAGAUCUGGGAGAAGUUCAACUCGGCUACAGAUGUCAAGAGUCUUCCAUUGGGUGCUGCCCUCGAUCUUCAGGUUAACGAUCCACGACUGACAUUCCCACCACGCGCACCGAGUCAAGCUGAACGCGUUGGUACGACAAAGGUUGGCAAGCUCACUGAUGUUUUGGCAAGUUGGCCGCAGCAGAUGUCAGGAUGCCUGUGGUCUCUCUUUGACCGUACAACGUGGAAGCCUAAGUUGGCUACCGAAUCUGAGUUGAACAAGCGUCGUACCGCAGCUGGUCCCGGAGUCCCUAUCGUUGCUACCUCUAAUGAUCCGACUAUCUCUAUCAUCCUUUUGAAGACAUCAACGCCUGUCUCCGCAUGGACAGUUCUUGCGCCUUGCGACGUGAUUACCCACUUUUUCCGUUGCUUGAUGCACUAUCCCGCUGUCCGCUUUGGUGGCCUGGAAAACUAUCAUCAACUCACUUUUGAGCGUUCGACACCCAACUUCCCGAAUGAUUUCUCAGGCACGGAAGCAGGAUGGAGGUGUGAGGAGGACGCCGGAAGGAAGCGGAAGGAAGACUACGAGAAGAAGCCUAAGGCGAAGAGGGUCAGCUUUGAGAAGGUCUUUGAGAGCAGUGAGGGUGCAGAAAGAGGUGAAGUAGGUGACCCAAUGGUUUGUGACUGGAAACUACUUCAGGGAGCAAAGAGCGACGAAGAUGCCAUGGAGGGCGUGGACACCGGCAAUGCGCUCAUUCCUGUACGCGUUCACCUCCAGCAUCGAGGAUCGCCCGCUGCGAGAGCAAGAAUAUACAGCAUCCCUAAAGCAGAUCUCCCUACAUGGACUGCGCUUGCCUCUCGGACCGAUACAGCAAAGCCAAAGGCAGGUACCCCUGAGUACCCGGCGUGUCCCUCCAAGGAGCACCUGAUCGGAUUCAUCUCUACUGGAAACUUUUCCUUGAAGGAAGGUAAGGGUGUCGGCGUCGGUGCUGUUGCUUUUAGUAAGGUCGCGAAUGAAGUGCAACGGGACGGCAAGCAGAAGAAGGGCAAUGCCUGGGGUUGGUGUAUCGUCAGGGACGUGGGUACGGAUGUUGGAAGGUUAGCUCGGUGGGACGUGGUUGAGUAA